CGCGGGCUCGAGUCUUGUCCUCUUGUAAUCUUGUGCUCACGUGCCCCGUCGAGGACGGUGCUCCUUCACGUAGGGGGAGGAAGAGGAGCAGAGAAAUAUCUUCUUCCCUUCUCCUUUCCUCUUCCCCGUAUCCUCCCCACUCCACCGUCUCCUCGAAUAUCCCGGCGCCAAGAGCUUCUUCGAUCUCUCUCUAGACAUCUAUCUUUGCCUCUUUCUCCUCUCUUCUAUCGUCGCCAUCCACGGCAGUCCGGAUUUAGGUCAUCUCUCAGAUCUACUGCUUUGUUGCUUCUAGAUCUUCGUUGCAGCCCGUGGUGACCGGUCGCUAGCUACCUCACCGUUGGAUUCCAGGCUGCAGAAAUGGAGACAACGCACACGGAGGAAGUGAAGGUGGCUUCUAAUAAAGUUGUAGUUUAUGGACCAGACAUGGAUGAGUGGGACCCAUGGAAUCCUCCCUAUCCUCAAUACUGUCUUUCUCAUCCUGAUCUUGGCUCCAAGUCCCAUCCCCAGUUGAUUGAUGAGUACUAUGAUCAAAUAAAGGAAAUUAUUGCUACAUCAAGAAGAACCAACAUAAUCAUUCCGGACCGUACUCCUCAGGAAGUGGAUGAUGCCUUCUAUGGUAUAGUUCCCCGCUUGUUGCCCAUACUGGAAAAGGAUAGUGCGCGGCGCUUCCUUCGCUUAUUCCGUCAAGCGGGGGGCAGCAUGAAAUGGGGUUUUAUCAUCACCCCAGUGACCUUCACUCAGAUGGUCAAGCAAAAUGCUUUGCAAUGUGCUAAAGUUGCCUUGGAUGGCAAGGCACCUGAGCUUUUUGGGUUCCGUGCCAACCCCAACUGCAUGAACCGUUAUGGAUAUUUCCCCCUCCACCAAGCUGCUGAAAUAUUUUCUGUCGACAUGGUAAAGUUGCUCUUCAGUUAUGGUGCAUCAGCAAAUGUACGCACUGCAGGAGCUGAAGUCAUUGGGGACCUACUUCCACUCCAUGUUGCGGUUGAGAACACUUGCCUGCAUAAGUAUCUGGAGGAAAAUGCAUUUCCGAACCAUGAGGAUCUGGAGGAUAGUCAGGCAACUCUAAACUAUAUCUGCAAGCUUAUCCAUCUGCUGUGCCUACCUGAGAUGAAAAUCUUCUUGGAUACGACUAGACUGCUUGCAGAAAAUACUAAUAAUGUUGUUGAUGAGCUCUGGAAUUACAUAAAGGAUGGAAAACUUGUUCAGACUGCAGUUUUGCUCUUGGCAGCUCAGGAACAUAUCCGCGGGGGACCAUCCUGCAAGGAAAAUGGCAACAGCAAGCCAGAUGGGUUUUCCAUUAAGUCAUCAUGGAAGAAAAAAGGCAAUACCAAGCCAGAUGGGUUUUCUAUUAUCAUAAACCGUAUUAUGACCCACAAAAUUAACUUGGCGGUGCAGACAGGUCAAAACAGAAAGACAAAUAAGGAGCUUGAUAUCGAGAAAAAGCUUACUUGUGCUGCAUUACUGCUUGUUCGUGCAGUUAUCAAAGCUGGUGAAGUCCUUGAUGCAUAUAUCCGAUCACAUCCAGAGGUGCCCCAUAACAUGCAGGUAUCCCAUGACGAGGUACACGAACGUGUCUCAUCUAUUCUCAAAGAUAGUGGUUUUUGUCCGCCUAGAGCAAGCAUCAACAUUGGAGACCUCUGCCCCUAUGAGAAUGUAUUGUCCAAAAAAGAGUCACCUAAUAACCAUGGGGAUAUGAUUACAGUCAAGGAAGGUUGUCAACCUUCAGCAAUAAAGGUGGUGAGAAACAGGACACCUAGAGGAUGGGAACUCAAAUACAUACGGAAAAGUUUUUUCCCAUGUUGGAGAUCAGUUCUGAAAGCCAGGACAGCUUGUAAGGUUGUCCGAUUAGAGGACAUGCACGAUUUUGAAAAGUUUUGGGAUAAAUCAGGCCUUCGACCUUCACCAAUUCUGGAUCCCAAACUUGUUCUGCUGGGAAGGGCUCACCAAUUUAGUAAACAUCAAACCAAAAGGAUGUUUUGUAGUGCUGCAUUGCCACUGCUGAAGCUGUUCAGAAAUGCAUGAGUGGAUGGUUCCUGUAGGUUAUCUCGGACUCGUAAGAUUUGCUUUUGUUGCAGCCUUGCGGGUGACUAGGAAUGAUCAAGUUACAUUACUAGGCUUGUCUGGGCUGCUAAUUCUUUUGCUUACUAUUCAUGGAGUUGCCUUACUUAGCGUCAUGGACUGAUCUGUUAAAUAUGUAACGGCCUGGUUGAAUUUGUACGGCUGUUAUGCAACUAUUACUACUUUAGUAUCAUUUGAACAGUGAUCUGAACGAAACAUGCAGAGACCGUUAACGGUAUGAAUGUUUGAUAAUCAGUUGCUGAAUGCAAGCUACAAUUUGCGUAACA